AUGGCCAUUUACAUGGACGACCGUACCAUGACGUCGUCUGCUGACAACAUGGCUCGGAAGCAUCAAGCUUGGAAGGAUUGGUCUGCUGAAACUGGUUUGGUGGAGUCCGACAACAAGGCUCAGUUCUCGGCCAGUUCUGUUGUCAAGAUGCGUGAGCUUGUGCGUUAUUGUCCGGCCGAUAGAUGCCACAGUGAUGUUGUUUCCUUGGUGUUGCUUCGCGUGGUAAACGCAGGGGUAACCAUGCCAAGGAACAUAAAUCGGUUGAUGACGGCUAGAGAGCGCAUGGCCAUCUUGGGCACCAUUCAGAGAAAAAUGCUAGCGUGA